CCAACAAACUCCAUUUGCUUAGUUUCUCUUCUGUUCAUAAUUCUCAUGGCCUCAUCAUUAUUAUUAACUUCUUCUUCUCCUUCUCUAAACUUUACGGUGCGAAGGUGCGAACCCCAGCUGGUCCCUCCAGCUAUCCCCACUCCUCAUGAAAUUAAGCUACUUUCCGACAUUGAUGAUCAAGAAGGCCUUCGUUUUCACGUUCCAUUCAUACAAAUUUAUCCAAAGCAAACAUCAAUGGCAGCAAAAGACCCAGUUCAAGUGAUUCGACAAGCACUGUCACAAACACUUGUCUUCUAUUACCCAUUUGCGGGUAGGCUUAGGGAGGGUCCUCGCCGUAAAUUGAUGGUGGAUUGCACCGGAGAAGGUGUCAUGUUCAUCGAGGCUGAUGCUGACGUCACACUCGAUCAGUUCGGUGAUUCUCUCCACCCUCCAUUCCCAUGCUUCCAUGAACUUCUAUACCAUGUUCCUGGUUCACAACAAAUUACCGACACUCCCAUUCUACUCGUACAGGUGACACGCCUUAGGUGCGGUGGUUUCAUCUUGGCCUUCACCUUCAACCACACCAUGUGCGAUGGAGCUGGUCUUUCACAAUUCAUGAGCACAUGGGCUGAAAUGGCUCGUGGUGCAACCAAACUUUCCAUUCCACCGGUUUGGCGUAGGGAGCUUCUAAUGGCAAGAGACCCACCUCGCAUCACAUGCAACCAUCGCGAAUUCGAGCAUGUCCCAGACACAGUCAAAGGAACCCUCGCAUCAGACGAAGAUGACAUGGUUCUUCGAUCGUUCUUCUUUGGACCUUCCCAAAUAGCUGCUAUUCGUGGCUUGAUUCCCCCCAACAUUCAGCACUGCACCACGUUUGAUCUCAUCACCGCAUGCAUCUGGCGUUGUCGUACAAAAGCAUUGCAGAUAGAGGCAGAAGAGGAAGUUCGCGUUAUGGUGGUAGUGAAUGCACGUGCAAAGUUCAAUCCUCCUUUACCAGUUGGCUACUACGGCAAUGCUAUUGCAUACCCUGCAGCAGUUAGCACUGCAGGGAAGCUUUGUGAGAAUCCGUUUGGGUAUGCAGUGAAUUUGAUAAAUAAAGUGAAGGGUGAGGUGACAGAAGAGUACAUGCAUUCUGUGGCGGAUCUCAUGGUGAAUAAGGGGCAAUACAUACCUGUAACUGAAAGGUCUUUCAUGGUGUCAGAUUUGAGAUAUUUUGGAUCGAGAGAAACUGAUUUUGGUUGGGGUGAUGCUGCGUAUGGUGGAGUAGCCAAAGGAGGACUUGGGCCAUUUCCUGCAGUAACAUUUGUGGUUCCUUUUAAGAAUGCAAAAGGUGAAGAAGGUGUAGUAUUACCCAUUUGGUUGCCCCCGGAAGCUAUGAACAGGUUUACCAAAGAGUUGGGUACGUGCGUGCUUUGAUUUCUUUCGUAUCAGAAACAAUUUGUAUUAUGAAAAGAAUGAUAAACUUAAAACAGUGUGUGAGUUUUCCUUUUAUUAGUCGACAUGUUAAUAUCAAUUACGAAGUAACCGUGGCGAAGAACUUCCACCAAAGUUCACGUCCUUUAUAGUUGUCCAUGUUUUGCAUUAUGUUACUGCUAUUUGUGUCAUAUAUUUGUUAAGCAUCCUUGAGAUAUGAGAUAUGAUGCAGAGUUGCCUA